AUGGGGCGAAACAGCAGAAUCGAGUCUAUUCUUGGUAGCCUCACCCUCGAGGAAAAAUGCUCUUUCCUGGCCGGGAAGAACAUGUGGGAGACCCUCAACAUUGAUCGCCUGGGCAUCAAGAGUCUGAAGAUGACAGAUGGGCCCGCGGGUGUGCGAGGCUCAACAUGGACAGACGGCACUCACACGACGUACAUCCCCUGCGGUAUCUCGCUCGCGGCUACGUUCGACCCUGCAAUUGUAGAGCGUAUCGGAGAUAUCCUAGGCGCCGAGACACGGAGCAAGAACUCCCAUGUGCUCUUGGCUCCGACCAUGAACAUCAGCCGGUCGCCGCUUGGAGGGCGCAACUUUGAGAACUUUGGGGAGGAUCCCUUCCUGAGCGCAAUUCUCGCUUCCAGCUAUGUCAAUGGCGUGCAGAAGCAUGGCGUCGGUGCAUGCAUCAAACACUUUGUUGCAAACGAUAUGGAGACAAGGCGCUUCAACAUGGAUCAACAGAUUGAUGAGAGGACUCUACGCGAGAUCUACCUCAAGCCUUUCGAGUUGGCGGUUCGGCUUAGCAAGCCUUGGACAGCCAUGGCAGCCUAUCCGAAAAUCAACGGUGAGCAUGCCGAUUGCAGCCAGUUUCUACUGCAACAGGUUCUCAGGAGUGAAUGGGGAUUCGAUGGAUUAGUUGUCAGCGAUUGGGGUGGCACAAACGACACCGUGAAGAGCAUCAUCGCUGGCACGGAUCUUGAGAUGCCCGGCCCUGGGAUUCGGUACGGUGUCCAGCUUCUUGAGGCUGUUCGCCUGGGAAAGGUGUUAGAGAAGGAUCAUAUUGACGCUUCGGUCAGAAGACUACUGGAGCUCUUGGAUCGAGCCAAGCUCUUGGACGCAGAAGAAGCCAUAGCCGACGCUGAAAAGAAUUCAGAUCUACCAGAGUUCCGCCAAACAACCCGAGAGGCAGCUUCCGGCUCCAUUGUUCUUCUCAAAAACGACAAUGAUAUUCUUCCUCUGAGGCCAGAAAGGUAUAACAGCCUGGCGAUUAUUGGCCCGAAUGCUCAAAAACCAACAACCGGAGGAACUGGAAGCGCCGCAGUGAAUCCAUACUACAUCACCACUCCUUAUGAGUCACUCAGCCAAAUGGCACUCGAGGCCAAUCCCUCGCUAAAGAGCUCGUUUUCUCAAGGAAUUCUGACCAACCUGCAGCCUACACUUCCAGGAGGCAUGCUUCGCACACCCGAUGGCGCACAGGUUGGUGUUCGCGUCGAAUUCUUCAAGGGCCACGAAUUCCAAGGGGAGGUUGUCGGGUCCUCGCAUUGGAACAACUCGGUGGUGUUUAUGAUGAGCGACGGAGACACCCCUGAGGAGCUUCGAGGACAGCCGCAUUGCUACAGGCUCAGUGGCGUCCUCACCCCGACGACAUCGGGGCUCUUUGACUUUUCCUUGUCGAAUACGGGCAAGGCAAAGCUUUUCAUCGAUGAUCAGCUCCUCAUCGACAACUUCGAGUGGACUGAGCUUGGCGGCUCCUUUAUGAACUGUGGCAGCGCCAAUCGUCUUGGUGAGCUCUGGCUCGAGGCUGGACGCAACUAUGAUUUCCGAGUGGACAAUAUAGUCGUUCCGCCUCCCAUUCCGCCGCAUGACAACACCUUGUUCCAUACUCUCUCGGGGCUCAGAGUUGGGAUUCAGCACCGCAUCGAUGAGCAAGGUCUUUUCGAAGAAGCCAUCCGUAACGCAUCGGAUGCAGAUGUCGUCGUCCUUGUCGUCGGUCACAACAAUGACACCGAAAAGGAAGGGAUCGAUCGGAAAUCUCUGCUUCUCCCAAGACGGACCAACGAGCUCGUUGAAGCAGUUUGCAAGGCGAACAAGAACGUGGUCGUGGUUACGCAGUCGGCGAGCGCGAUCGACAUGUCCUGGGCAGACCAGUCUCCCGCUAUCGUCCAUGCCUGGUAUCAGGGCCAGGAGAACGGUAACGCUCUAGCAGACAUCCUGCUAGGCAAGGUGAACCCCAGUGGGAAGCUUCCAAUCACAUUCCCGAGAGCGCUAGAAGACCAUGGCUCGCAUGCUUGGUUCCCUGGCGACGUCGAAAACGACUUUGCAGAGUACGGAGAGGGGAUCUUAGUGGGAUAUAGAUGGUUUGACGCAAAGAAGAUCGAACCACUCUGGCCAUUUGGGUUCGGGCUGUCGUACACGAAAUUCGAAAUCUCCCAAGUGAGUGUCCAAGGCAUCAUACGCGCCAGUGAAGAUGCCAAGGCGGUUAUCCGUGCAAAUGUCAGCAACGUUGGGAGCCACGAUGGAGCAGAAGUAGUGCAAGUAUAUCUCGGAAGCUCGCCCGUGAUACAAGAGAAAGGUAGACAGUCGACACCGCGCUCGCUUGUAGGCUUCGCCAAAGUAUUUGUGGAAAAGGGAACUACCAAGUCUGUUAGCUUCGAGCUCGGUGCCGACUCUGUGUCAUGGUUUGACGUUCACGAUCGCGAGGGUCCAUACCCAGGCGGGAGGUGGAGAGUUGAUCCGGGAACAUAUACAUGUUAUGUAGGCACAAGCUCUCGAAAUAUCAGUGCAGAAGUUACUGUCAUUGUAGAAUAA